AUGGCCAGCCUCGAACUACCGAAAGAACUACCAUACGACUUUUUGAAGGACAUCACGGAUAACUUCUCUGAAGAGCGAAAAAUUAGUGCAGAUCCAUUUGGAACACUUUAUAAGGUUUGCUUUGGCCUUCCCUAUUGUUCUGUCCAUUAUAGUGAGAAGAUGCUAAUAUGUAAUAUACACGAGAUUAAUCAGGGAAUUAUACCACAUGAUGGCAAAUUAAUUGCUGUCAAGCAACUUAAGCACAACGCACCAUUAGCAGCUGACAAAAUAUUAAGGACAGAGGUUCAGACUAUUAUGGAGCUGAAACAUGAAAAUAUAGUACACUUGGUUGGAUUCUGCUCUGAAACAAACAGGAAACUGGUGCAGUUUAAUCAUAGAUAUAUUGAAGCAGACAUUACAGAAAGCUUACUCUGCUAUGAAUAUUUACCUACGGGAAGCCUUCAGGAAAAUCUAUUUGGAAAGAACAAGGGUGACACUUUGGCUGAACAUGUUAUUGAUUGGGACACACGCUUCAAAAUAGUUAAGGGGAUUUGCCGGGGUUUACAUUUUCUACACAACUUGGAUUGUCCCAUUAUCCAUAUGGAUCUCAAGCCAGAGAAUAUAUGGUUGGAUGAGAACUUUGUCCCCAAAAUUGUGAAUUUCUCACUCUGCAGGAUCUUUGGUGAAGAUCAGACCAGACUGUACACACAAACAGUGGUGGGAUCAUAUGGACAUAUGUCUCCUGAAUAUGUAUACAGAGGAGAAAUCUCGGCUAAGACAGACGUUUAUAGUUUAGGCGUAAUGAUGAUCGAGAUCAUAACAGGAGAGAAGAAUUGUCCAGAAGCAAACCAACUGUGUGGAAUUGCAUAUAUUGACACAAUAUCUAAACGUUGGAACACAGAGCACAUAUUAUUCAUGUACUCAUCCUUAGAUGCGGAUGACCUUCAACGAGUAAAAGCUUGCCUCGAUAUUGGGCUACGGUGUGUGAAGAUUAAUCCCGGCAAGAGGCCUUCAAUAAAUGAGGUUAUCCGCUAUCUCCGACAAGUUGUAUUCCGGACGGGGUACAAAUAUGAGCGCAAGAAUCCUCCAGUCCCUCUUAGAAAUGAGAUUUAA